UCAUUUCAAGAUUUGCAACCGACGCGCCGUCAACACAAAACAUUUUGCUUGCAGAUCUUUUUUUGCGCCGAUGUUUGGCAAUUAGUUCGUCUGCGUCUCGCGUGCUCCAUCUCUAUCUCUCCUUCGCUCAUUCUGUGUGCAGUUGUUAGUGUGUUUGUGUGUGUGCAGUAACAAUUGCAGCAACAAUUGCAGUUAACCGAGAAAAUCCAAAAGCAACAACAAAAACAACACCAGAGAAACUGUAAACACCACACUAGUGUAGAAAUAAAAGUGAAGCCGGUUUGAAAAAAUUACGCAAAAAAAGAGCAGAAACAAAAACAAGGAGACACCACGGCGACCACAAAAUUAUUGUGUUAAGUCAAGUCGCACAGAAAUAGCAUAGAGCAGUGCCUAGGUAAUCCAUUAAAACGGGUUUUCACUGUGUGCAAAAGAGUUCGAAGGAAGGAAAGUAAAGCAAAAGGUUUGCCCGAAAAUGCAUUUGCUCUGCCUCUCGCUGACGUUGGCGGCGCUGGCACUCGGAAGUGUCUCAGCGGCCACGCUGUCCACGGCGCCACCAAGCGUUUUCAGCAGCGAUCCCAAUCCAAAUGCCAGUCUCAGCCCCAGUCUCUCCCAUCAGGAAGGCGAGGCCGAGGCGGGGUCAUUCGAUUUUGGCGGCCUGCAGUUUGAUGGAGUUACACAACAGACGACGCCGAGCAGCGCCUCGAAUGGCGUUACACCCUGUAGCCUCAGCUCGCCAGAGCUCAACGAAUGCAUACGCGGACUGAUCCAGACAUUCGCCCCGAAGCUGAAGUACCAUGGAGUGCCGGAGUUUAACAUGGGAUCCAUUGAUCCGUACUUCUACAAACGGGGCAUCUUCCGGUACACAAACGAUGGCAUCCAGGGCGGACUGCUGAUCAAGAACAUGGAGAUCUAUGGAAUCAGCGACCUCCAGGUGAACAGUGUUGUGUCCAACUUUACAGAGAACGGUUUUGUGAUCAAGUUGGGUGUGGGUCUGCCCCAACUGAAGGCCGGCGGACACUUCAAGGCGGACGUGAAGUUCGGCGGACUGCGUCUGGUGCCCAAGGGUCCAUUCAACAUAACCGUAGACAACAUCAAGGCCACAAUUCUCACUGACGGACACAUUGAGCGGCUUCCCAGCGGACAGCAGCGCCUCAGCCUCCAUCGCCUGAAUGCCAAUGUCAACAUCGGCGAUGCCAAAGUGACGGCCAAUGGAAUCUUUUCCGAUCGUAACCUCAAUGGCAUGAUCCUCAAUUUGGUCAACGAGAAUCUGCCAGAGAUCACCCGCGUCGGAAUACCAGCCACCCGCGAGCAAUGGGCACCCAUUCUGGUGGCACACAUCAACGAGUUCUUCUCAAAGGUUCCUAUCGAGAAAUUCCUGGUUCAAUGAUGCACAACCACCAUGGAAAUGUUUCUCAUGGAAUACGAGUUUUUAGACCUUAGCUAGCUUUAGUCUAAUAAUUACAAAUUUAAAUUUAUUUUAAAAGCUGCUUCCAAAUAAUUUUCAGUGCUCAAAAUUGAUUAGGCAAACCAUUUGGAAAUAAUUUCUACACAUCCAAUAUGUAUUUAUUUAUGUCAUCCAUUCUGAAACCAAGAAAGAAGUUGUGUAAAAACAUAGAAAUAAAUAUUAUUUUCGAAAAUUUA